AUGGCUGCCAAGAACCCCUUCGGGUUCACGACGGGCCCAGUCACCUUCUGGCUGAUUGUCGUCUACGCAGCCUUCCUCAUUCCCCUCGUCUGGAUUCACGAAACCGUGCCAUCUGUUUCUAGCCACAAUCCCUACACUGGCGUCAACGUGACCGAGGCCUGGCAGGACUUGACGCACAUCACCAAGAACUACCACCCGUACAACAGCCGUGCCAACGAUGAGGUGGGCGCAUACCUCUUGACCCGGAUCGAGGAGAUCUUGAAACGCAACAAAGUCGAUUACUCCAAGGAAACGGAUGCUGGCGGCAUCGUCUGGCCUCAAGACGUACAUGACACACCAGCUCUUCCACGCAAAGAUGCCGUUGAGCGUGCUUCGACAGGCCCUCUCGUGACCGUCUUCGACGACACAAUCUCAAACGUGACCUACGCUGGCACCUCUGGCCCACUUGGUCAGCCUGGAUCUUCUGCCCAUGCAACCUACUUUGAGGGCACGAACAAGCUUGUAUACAUCCGCGGCACAGAAGAUGAGGAUGGUGAAUGGUGGAAGAACAAGCGUGAUUCUCGCAACAUUGGCCAGGGCGGCGUUCUCGUCAAUGCUCAUUACGACUCAGUCUCCACCGGCUACGGAGCCACUGACGACGGCAUGGGGUGUGUGAGCGUUCUUCAGAUGCUCAACUACUUCACUUCUCCCGGCCAGCAGCCCAAACGUGGAAUUGUGCUGUUGCUCAACAACGGUGAAGAAGAUGGCCUCUACGGAGCCAGGGCCUACCACUACAGUCCUCUCUACUACUUCACCACCUCUUUCGUGAAUCUCGAGGGUGCAGGUGCGGGUGGUCGAGCCAUCCUGUUCCGGACCACUGAUUUGGAGGUGUCCAAGGCUUAUGCACAUGCUCCUCAUCCCUUUGGGUCAGUUGUUGCUGCGGACGGCUUCAAGCUUAGAGCGAUCAAGAGCGAAACGGAUUACAAGGUGUGGGUCGAGAACUUUGGUCAGCGUGGCCUCGACAUUGCAUUCUACCGGCCCCGAGCGCGGUAUCAUACUAACCAAGACGACGCUCGGCAUGCCUCGCAAGACAGCCUUUGGCACAUGCUUUCCAACGGCUUGGCUGCUGUGGACUCUCUUCAAAAGACCUCCGGCUCCUUCACUGGUAAACGCAAUGAUGGAGACAAGAAGAAGGUUUCGAGCGGUUCCGGUACCGAGGGCGUGUGGUUCGAUAUGUUUGGAAAAGGAUUCGCGACUCUUGAGCUUCGUGGUCUCUUCGCGUGGACCUUGACCCUGCUCAUCGUGUCUCCCUUGAUUUUGGUCCUCAUCACCUACAUCCUGUCGAGACAGGACAAGUACUACUUCUUUUCGAGGAAGGUCAAGCUCGAUAUCGAAGACGAGUCGGUUCCUCUUGGAGGCUGGAAGGGGUUCUUCCGUUUCCCCUUGGCUCUGCUUUUCUCGGGCGCGAUUACCGUUCUAUGUGCCCUUUUAGUUCGGAGACUCAACCCUGAGAUUGUUUCCAGCAGUCCCUACGCAGUCUGGGCAAUGACCUUGUCUGUGUUCUUCCUGGUUUUCUGGACAAUCUCGCGAGGCGCCAAUGCUGUCAGGCCGAGCGCUCUUCAACGAGGCUAUGCCCACAUUUGGCUCUUCAUCAUGAGCUGGGCUAUUCUCGUUGCCGUUACCACCGCAGCCGACAGGUUCCAAAUUGCUUCGGGAUAUCUCUUUGCAUUCUUCCAUUCGGCCGUCUUUGUGGCGACGCUCAUCACUCUCUGCGACCUUUUCGCGCUCCCAAGCAAGCAAACCUACGCAGAGACGGCCCACGAUGAUCAGCAGUCCAGGGAUAACAUAUCAGAGGUUCCGAACUCUGACGCUUUGAUCUCUCCUAGCCCGCACGAGGAGGGUACCACCGAAGAGCCCACGGAAACAACGCCGCUUAGGAGUGGCGAAAAUGGUAGUGGAAACAAUGGCACAAUCCGGACAACAUUUGCAACAACCUACCGACGCUCGCUCUCGGCCAUCAUGUCUAACCCAGACGACGAUGAGGAGAUUAAAGAAACAAACGAAAAGCAGCCUUACGAAAAAGAACAACCGUGGUCAGCGAAGCUUCCAUCCUGGACCUGGUUUUUCCAACUCCUUCUGCUUGCCCCGAUUACCAUUAUCGUCUUCCUCCAAGUGGCUCUGUUCAUCACCUCAGCCAUGCAGUCCAUUGGUGCCGAUGGCGUGGAUCCUUUGCUGCUCUAUACCGCGAUCGCCGUCUUCAGUAUCAUGAUUUCUCUACCUCUUACCCCAUUCAUACACAGGACAAGCUCUUACGUGCCGCUGGCCUUGUUGUUCAUUUUCCUCAUCAGUCUGAUCUACAACUUGGUCGCCUUUCCGUUCUCCGCGGACAACCGCUACAAGGUCAAGUUCAUACAGCGCCUUGACCUGGAUCACGGGAACUCUUCGGUUUCGAUUCUCGGCAUGCAGAAGUACGCCCGCAAAAUGAUCAAUGAGUUGCCAUCUGCAGCAGGUCGGGAAGUCAUCUGCACACCAUCUUCUGGCUCGCUGUCUGAUUGUCGGUUUGAUGGAUCUGCGGUAUUGCCCAGACUGCCAGAGCUCAAGAGUGCCCUCUCUUCUGAGUUCUCGUUUUCGAAGGAUCCGUACGCACACCUUGUAACUGUUAACGUCACUUACUCGAACUCGACCAACGAAUAUCAGCUUUGCAUUGAAGCCCCAGAGUCAAAGCAAUGCAUUCUCCAAUUCGACGACCCCGUGACGUUUAGCGUCCGGGAAAGCGCCGGUCUCGAUUCCCUCUUCAGUACGCCUACUGAAGGUGGAAUCAACGGCAUCACGCUCUGGCGGAGAGACUCGUCCAUCCCAUGGACGGUGGACGUCAAGCCAGCCGCAAAACCCUCGCUGGCUAUAUCCACGGGUUCAGUUCCUUGGAAAACUUCCAAGGAACACGAGGAACUUCGGAUUCGUCGGGUUCAAAAGCCUACGGAUUUCAGCGGAACAAUCUCAUGCUCUUGGAGUGAUGCCAACGUUCGUGGGACAAUCCCUGCCUUGGACGAAGCUUUGCAAUACGCCCCCGACUGGAUUGCUGUCACAAAGCAGGACGUCGGCCUGGUCAAGGCAUAUAAGCGCUUCAAGGCCUGA